AUGGAGCCCGCCCGCAAACGAGCUCACGCGGCUCGGUUUCCCACAGCCAGGAAACCUUGCCUGACUUUUCUGACUUGUUGGGCACUGGCUGCGUCAUGGGCGCCUUCCUUUACGGGCUUCAGCGGUGUUAGCAAGAUGUGUCAGCAGUGGCUGUCCUCUGCAGAGGGCCAAGCCGCCGAAUCCAAGCAGCCAGGCAGUGUGGCCGUAGCUGCAACAACUCAGCAGGAGGCAAAAGCGGGCCAAGCAGCCCUGGACACAGAGUCGACCAAGAAACUGGUGCUUCUGCUUUACCCGGAUUUGGGUUCGCCAGGUUUUGCCGAGGUGCCGCACAUGGGCACGGUGCUUACAGGGAGAAGUCCGACCUGGGCAGAGGCAGCAGAGCAGUUGGCUCGACGGGUUAAUUGGGAUUUGGGCACAGAGCCGGUGGAGUUCCGGGCAAUGUCCCUAUCGGAGCUUUGCCAGAUGCCUGGCACAUUUCGUGCCGACUUUAUUUUCGGCGUGGAUCUGUCGGAACCUCCACAGGAGUGUCAGGAAGUGCUCGGCGAAAUUCUCGGCAAGGUUGAUUCCAGGCUUUUCAUAACAAGUUCCAAGUCCCGCAGCAGCAGUGAGUUCUGGACAUCCAAGACUCUGCUUGCAGGAGCGCGGGAGGCGGAACUGUCCGAUCCUGGCUUUCUUGGACUUUCUGCAGCCAUCGCAGGAUACAGCGAGGCUGCAAAGCUUCGAGAGGAUGUGACAGACCUCUGGCACCGAAGAACGGCCGAAGAAGCCGUGUAUGCUAUGCUGCUUUUGAUUGACAGCGCUGUGAUGCCAUUGCCAGCGAUGGUGGACCAACGGCCUGUGCCAACAGCAGAGACGGUGUUCCGCGCCGUGGAUCGGUGCCAGGAUCAAUUUCGAAACUGCUUCACUCAACCACGCUGCCUGCAAAGUUUGGCUUGCCUCUCGCAGUGUGGGCUCGCAGACCAGUCCUGCUCCUAUCGCUGUAUCGUCUCUUACCAAAGCCAAGCCUUCACCGAUUUCAGCCUGUGCGCGCUGCAGAAGCAGAAUCUGCUCAACUCGCAGAUUACCCGCCCGCCCACGCCUCUAGCAAAGCCGUUGGGGACAUUCAGAGGUAAACCCUUGACCCACGAGACAGCAGAGAGUAUCCUCGUGGGACAUUUCCACCCUGAGAAUCAUCGACACAGUUGGUUGGUCGCAGCUGGUUCCAACCCGGCAUACGAGCAGUUUGCCCUGCAGUACCAGCUGUGGUACAAGGGAUCCGGGAGGAAUACGUUCUGGUAUCAUCCGACCUUCUUGGUCGAGGCUCUUGAUGGAGCUAAGAUCUGGCGUACCCGGGACUACCGGGUGCGCAGGAGGGAUACGCCCGGGAUGUGGGACUUCUCCGUGGUUGACAACGGCAUCAUCUCGGAGGAGCGAUGGCACUUACUGGGAGCCGAUGAUGACCUGCAGUGGAUUGUGCUUUUCUAUGUAGGUGUCGCGCGCCGCGCCGGCCUCUCAUAUCGUGGAUGCCUGGUGCUGACGCCCGAGGGCGAAAUGCCGGGCCCGGAGCAUGCCGAGGGCGUCGCCGCAGCCAUCGCGCGGGCAGAGAUGAAGCCUUGGGAGCUGGAAGCCACCAGCAACCCUCCAGUGGACCCCAGCAAUCCCCCCCCGCUUAUCGCACCCAAAACGCAGGAGCCGGCGCCUCUGCUCAAGACAGAGGACAUGGUGACAGCCUAG